AAUGCAAGACAAUAUAGGAACAAGAGUUUUUGGGAAAAAUCUUGAAAAUUAAGCAGACAAGGCAUCUAAGAAUCUUAAAAGUAAAAAAGAUACAACACUUGAUGAAUUGGGAGGGAAGGAAAAUAUAAUAAAUGAUGCAAUUUGGACAAAGGAGGGUUUGAAUAAAUUAGACUCACCUUAACUUGUUAACUUGUAUUAACAAGAAAUAUAUGAAUUUUUAUAUGAAAAAGAAAAAAGUAUGGGAGAACCUAAUUUUCAAAUGUCUUCCACAAAAAUUAAUGAUACUAUGAGAGCCACAACAGUAUAUUAUUAUAUUAAAUAUAGGUUAGAUACAUUGUAAAACUAAUUAGAUGUUUUAAUUUAAAACCUGAAACACUCUUUUAGACUGUUGAUUUAAUGGAUUAAACAAUCCCGCUCCUAAAUCCUGAAAUAGGGGAAUUAGAGCUUGUUUCAUUAACAUGUCUAUUUAUUGCAUCUAAGUACGAGGAAAUAUAUCCACCUCCUUUAGCAGCUUUGCUAAGAGCUACAGAUAUUAAAGCCAAAGAUGUUAUUGAGAUGGAAAAAGAAAUACUUAAUAAAUUAAAUUUCAAUGUCAUCAGUGAUAACACUUUGGUAUGGUUACAAUUAAUAGGAGAAAUCUUAGGAUACAAUUGUAAAUACACUGAAUAAAUAAAGCAAAGAUGUAUGUAAGUUUAAUUCCCAUUUUAUUAGGAGUUUAGCUGAAACAAGCUUAACUUCUUCAUUAUUUUUGAAUCACAAAAAAUCAGUAAUUGCUUUGAACAUAUUUAUGGCUGUUGAAAUGAAUUUAGGUAGUCAAAAAACAUAAUUUAAAUGGGAAAGACUAACUUAACAUUAGAAACCAAGCAAUGAAUCAAAAACACUCAAAUUACUGACUUAUAUUUUGAAAAUCAAAUGA